AUGGGUAAUGAGACUAUAAAGUGUAUAAGAAGGGCAAAAAUAACCGGGAAAAAUGUUAGAUCUUUUGAUAAAUUAAAUGAUAAAAACAUUGGCUCAAAUAUUCAUAGGAUAUUUGAACGACUACAUUGCGCUACAAAUAAUGGCUAUUACACACCCGUUCGAUGCAUUCAUAUCUAUAGCACAAAGAUGAUCAUUGAUAAUCACCAAAAUAUGACCCUUUUUGAGAUAGCUGAAGCUUCAAGACACGCUAUUAGGAUUAAAAGGACUGAUAUGAUACUACAAGAUAUCAUUUCUAAACGUGGAUACUCGGAGCUAAAAGACAUAAAGGAUGCAAGGGAGUUAUCAGCUAUCCUAGAAGUAUUCUACUUGCCAAAAGUGAAGCUUCAUACAUUUUAUGCGCAUAUUGUGAAAGAAAUAAUGAAUAGAAAGUUAUUCCCUAUUAACAAUAGAAUGUGGAUAAGUUAUUUUCGGUUCCUGGGAAGUAACCAAAUAUUCCACAAGGAUCUGUUUGAUACAUUUGCAAACUUAUAUUCCACAUACUUAGAGAAACUUAUUACAUCAAACUACACGAGAAUUCUCUUGGAAUCCAUAGCCAUAUCUUCUUGGGCCUUUGCCAUUUGUGCACCAAAUGUUAAUUAUCCCAGGCUGUUCGACCUCAUUUUGGAAUAUACAAAGAGUAUUAAGAAUGACACUAUAUUACUUCGAAUAUUUUGGUCACUUGCGAUAAAAGACUAUGGAUUAGAACAUAUAGACGUUGGCCUGAUGGAGCAACUUAUUGAUAAGUUAAAUUCGUAUACUGAUAAUAAGAGGUCUCUAUAUCAGGCUUAUACGAUUCUACUUGCGAUGAAAAGCAAAGGGAUCGAUGUAGAAAAACUGGUAGAACGAUGUAGAGGGCUUCUUCGUGAUAUAAAUUAUGAUGAGCAGUUUAACAAAGUAUCAAAGAGCCAACGCUAUGUAUCAGAUGUACUCGCUAGAUUGCGAGUUCCACACAAAUUGGAAACAUUCACGGACUCACUCAUAAGCAUUGAUAUCGCAAUAUGUGGUGAAUCAGAAAAGAUUGCCAUCGAGGUAGAUGGGCCAUACCACUACAUCUUAAACUGUGAAACUAUGGAUACAUCAAUGAGGACAGGAACAACUUUGCUAAAGGAAAGACUCUUGAAAAGUGACGGAUGGAUUGUUAUAUCUACCCCUCCGGUUACUCUUGACGAUAGAGUUGAUGUUGAAAUUUCAAAAUUGGACAAUGCUUAUCGCAACUUGCUUCUUAAUUCUGGGAGCAAAUAUCUAAAUAAAUUACUUGGUUAA